CCUACUUAACCUAAACUUAAACCCCGCCCUCAGUUCUUUAUCCAAGGCGUACAGAGCGUACAUACAGUUUAAGAGGAUUGUGAAAUAUUUUUUUUUGUGAUUUAAUAGUUAUCAAAACCUUGAUGAGGGUUUAUAGUGUUUGAUUUCUAAAUCAACCGUUAUUUUGUUUUCAGAUUACAAGCCGUCCCAAGAAUGUCUGGAGGGGACUUAUCCCUAAAAUGGAAUCCCAAAAACCUGGAGAUAAAAACCAGAUCAGUGGAGAAAACCUUGGAGCCCCUGGUUCUCCAGGUUACAACUCUUGUCUCCUCCAAAUCUCCGCAAAAGAAGAAGGGAAGAUCUAAGCGAGCUCAUGUCCUAGUUGCCGCUGUAGAGAAGGCUACCGAGAACUUUGUUGAGAAAGGAGAACUAAUUGCUGCUGAGAACCCUGCUAUCAGCGAAGAGAUGCUCCAGGCUGUUGAUGAGGUAAAGAGUACCGGAGAUGCUAUGUCAACAGCUGCUAGAGAGUUUGCUAAUGAUCCUUGUGGAAGCGUUAAGAGAGGUAACAUGGUUCGUGCCAGCAGAGCUCUGCUCUCUGCAGUAACCAGACUUCUCAUACUUGCAGAUAUGAUCGAUGUACAUCUUCUGAUGAGGAAAAUAAGAACAGUUGAAGAUGAUCUUGAAUAUUUGAAGAAUGUAUCCACUCAAGUGGAUCUACUGGAAUCUAUGAAGAGGUUCGGAGCAUCUGCUAAGGACGUCCUGGAGCAGUCUGGUAAAAGGCAACAGGAGCUGAUGGAUCCUCUGCUACGAGAUGAACUAGCAGCUGCUAGAGCAGUUUUAAAGAAGCAUUCUAUGAUGCUCCUGACGGCUAGUAAAGCUUAUGUAAGACAUCCAGAACUAGCUGCUGCCAAAGAGAACCGUGAUUAUGUCCUGAGACAGGUUUGUGAGGCGGUUCAUACUAUUAGUGAUGUUGCUCAGGGCAAAUUCAGACCUGGAGUAAAUACUUUCGAGGGUCAGGGUGAGCUUGCAGCUGCUCUGGAUGAUUUUGAUGACAGGGUUAUCAUGAACUCUCUCACGUAUGAUGAUAAGAAGAUGAGACCAAGUCUGGAAGAGAGUCUGGAGUCUAUAAUUAGCGGAGCAGCUCUGAUAGCGGACAGCAGCUGUACUAGGGAUGAGAGGAAGGAGAAGAUAGUAGCUGAGUGCAAUGCUGUUCGUCAGGCCCUGCAGGAACUUCUCAAUGAAUAUUCUAGAAAUGCCGGAAAUUCUCCAACUGACCGACUUAAUGGUGCAAUUGAGACUCUAGGUAUGAAAACCAACGAUUUAAGACGACAGCUAAGAAAAGCUGUCGUUGAUCAUGUUGCUGACAGCUUUAUUGACAGCGGAGUUCCAUUGAAUAUGCUGAUUGCUGCAGCUAUGACAGGUGACGAAAGGAAGGUAGAAGAAUAUGCUGAGGUAUUUACUGAUCACACCAAUAAACUAGUUGAGGUUGCCAACCUAGCCUGUAGUAUGUCGACUAAUGAGGACGGAGUAAAGAUGGUUCGCUACGCUGCUCAGCAGAUACAGAACCUAUGUCCCCAGGUUAUCAAUGCUGCCCGCGUAUUGGCUAGUCGACCCAAGAGCAAGGUUGCACAAGAGAACAUGGCCGUGUUCAAAGAGGCAUGGGAGAACCAGGUCAGGUUGCUAACCGAUGCAGUCGACGAUAUUGUCACUGUCGACGAUUUUCUCUCCGUGAGUGAGAAUCAUAUCCUGGAAGAUGUUAAUCGCUGCUGUCUUGCAUUACAGGAGAGAGACUCUGAAACCUUGGACAGGGUUGCCGGAGCAAUCCAGGGGAGAUCAAACCGUAUUGGAGAUGUAGUUGGAGCAGAGAUGGAUAACUACGAACCUGGCCUUUAUACAGAGAGAGUUCUUGAGGCCAUCCGACUUCUUAAAUCUGAAACCGUUCCCAACUUUGCGACUAAGGUUAAGGAAGCUAUUAGAGCUAUUGAUUCCUCCUCUCCUGGUGGGGUAGACGAAACCGAGUUUAUAGACGCAAGCAGGCUUGUUUAUGAUGGAGUCAGAGAAGUAAGACGAGCUGUUCUACUGAACCGUGAAGACGGAGAUAUGGAGAGUGAUACCGAUUACGAUGAAGGAAGUGAGUACGGUGGAGUGACAAAGAGUGAGCCUAAUGUAGAUGAGUACCCGGAUAUCUACGGUAUCACCAACGCCAGGGAAGCCAUGAAAAUUCUUCCCGAGGAGGAGAAAAUAAAGAUUGCUGAGCAGGUUGCAGAGUUCAAAAUAGAACGACAUAAGUUUGACAACGAAGUUUCCAAGUGGGACGACAACGGUAAUGACGUCAUCGUCCUUGCUAAACACAUGUGCAUGAUCAUGAUGGAGAUGACUGAUUUCACCCGAGGUAAAGGUCAUUUAAAGACGACCUUAGAUGUUAUAACCGCUGCUCAGAAAAUCUCUGAGGCUGGCACCAAGUUGGAUAAACUAGCUCGGCAGAUAGCUGAAGAAUGUCCUGAGUCUACAACUAAGAAAGAUUUACUGGCUUACCUCCAGAGAAUAGCUCUGUACUGCCAUCAGCUUAAUAUCACUAGUAAGGUUAAAGCUGAUGUUCAGAACGUCUCCGGAGAAUUGAUCGUCUCCGGACUAGACUCUGCCACGUCUCUGAUUCAGGCGGCGAAGAACCUGAUGAACGCCGUCGUGCUGACAGUGAAGGCAAGCUACGUGGCGAGCACCAAGUACAAGAGUAAGCAGGUUGGAAAGGAGAAAGCUCCACUAGUAGUCUGGAAGAUGAAGGCUCCGGACAAGAAACCUCUGGUUCGAAGAGAGGCUCCGGAUGAUGCCAAAGCUAAGGUUCGGCGAGGAUCCCAGAAGAAGCACACCAAUCCAAUGAAGGCUCUCAGUGAGUUCCAAGGUCCUGACGAAACCAUCUAGGACAGCCUGGGUCAUAUUUUAAAAAAACGCGCAAAUUUUCUUAAGACAUACAUAUACAAUAUUAUUAAUAUCAUUAAAAAUGUUUAAUUCUGUUUAUUUAACGCAUUAUUUUUGAGCAUUUAACGUCCACGCUGCCUUUAUUGAUCAUUCCUGCUUCCUUUGUUGCCUUAUGUUACAGGAUGAACCUGAGGUUGCUAUAUCAUGGUGCACAUUGUAGUCGAAUACCUUUUGUAUCAAGGGAAAUUUAUUUUAGAAAUGAUUUUGAAAUCCUGAAAAAAUGUAAAUAUAUUUUAUAUAAUCGCGUAACUAUCGUAAAUUAAACUAAGAUAUCAUUUAGUCUUGUAAAUUAAAAAAAGUUUCUCUACCUUUUUUGCCAAAAGUAAAGUUUUGCGAAAAAUAUUAAUAUUAAAUAAAGAACUUUAAAAUGCAAAGAAUAUUCCGGAAAAUACAUGAAUCAUAAUCUUAAAUUGAAAAUUGUAUUCAUAAAGAUUAGUUUGUGUUUAUUUCCCUCUUCCUUUAGAAUUUGUAUAAAGAGCAAGUCUGAAUAUUUAAUAAGUGCUUCCCCUUAUAAUACGUUGCAUGUGGCAUUCUACGUAAACUUUCUUCUCAGUUGCAGCUUUUGUAAUAUGAAACUUGUCUCAGCUACUGCUACGUUAAUAAUUAUUAAAAAAA